ACUGUCGAUAUCAGUUUUAUUUCAACCAGUCAACCAAAUUGACCACAAGUAAAAAUGAAAACAAUAAUCAUCUUAUUUUUGAGUGCCGUUUUGUGUAAUGCACUGGCAGAACCUGUGAGAUAUCGCCAAGUUCAACUGGUUCGUGCAUCGGCUCGUCAAACCGAUGGUGAAGUUCCGUUUCAAACUGAAUUGGGAAAAAUUCCAAACGAAGAGUCUCAAAAUGACAGUGCAGAAGCAACUACCGAACUAACGAAAAGUGCACCUGGUCCUAUAUUGAUUCCACAACCACCACAGGCAUAUCCACCGCAAGGCUGGCGUCCAUUUGGACAAUUACUUGUCUUACCUGUAGCCGUACGAGAAAAUCAAGGAAAUCUUGAAUCAACCACGACUGCUGAAUCGAGAAUUUUCAAUGAUGCUGAAGCCACCGAAGAAACACCAACCACCGAAUCCCAACCGCCCUCUAAUGAAGAACUACAAGAAGUUGAGACCAGCGAACCAAAAAUUAUGAAAACAGAAGCACACAAACGACCGCCAACCGUUAUAAUAAUAAAAGGUAAGAAAGUUGGUGAAUUGAAAGUGCAAUCGAAACAAGAAGAAUCGACUGAAAUGAAUGAGACUGAAAGUGAUAGUUCAACAACCGAAAAAUCCGAUGAAGCAACAACAACAUCAGAUCCAAAAUCAGAAAAUCUUGAAAGCACACUAGAACCAGAGGCCGAAUCUGUCGAUGUUGAAAAAAGCAACGAAGAUGGUAAAAAUGUGAAUAUUCAAAAUAGUUCCCAAAUGCCAGCGUCAGUUCGACAAUCUGCAUUUUUCAUUCAAUUGGCGGACGGAACCUUCCAGCGUGUUGUUUAUGUUGCGCCUCCAAUGCCAGCUGCUUUCGAACCACAAUCGCAACAGCCUGCAAGUAACAUUAAAAUCCAACAGCUUAACCAAGCGCCAAAUUCUCCAUUCGGAUUUAAUCCAAUCACCAAUCCACGCAUUGUUACUUUUAGUACACAAUACAAUGCUUGGUAAAGAAAAAGAAAUAAAUAAAAAAUAAAAAUAAUAAGUAUAACAGAUUAUUAUAAAAAAAGUGGAAAAAUGAAAUAAAAAAUUCUUAAAAAUUACUACUCUACUGUUCGAUUACUUUAUUGAUUAAUUUGGUAUUCCCGAAUUGUAAACGAAUUGAUUAAAAAAUAAAUAGCGUUUGCUGCGAAAACACAUUCAAAAUUA